CAAACGGGUGAAGUCAGAGGACCUCGGUCAGGACGGGGAAAGCCGAGAGGAUGGUGGAGCAGCGGAGAAGGAGCCCGUGGAGCGGAAGUGGGCCCGGGGGCAGAAGAAGAGCAGGCCGUGUAUGAAGCCCAAGCGCUACGAGCAGAGCAGGCUGUGCCCGUGGGUAACGCAGCUGGAAAUCCAAGGCAAGCUCUACUUGGCUCCGCUGACCACGGGCGGUAACCUCCCUUUCCGAAGGCUAUGCGAGCGCUUUGGGGCAGACGUCACCCGUGGAGAGACGACUGCGUGCACAAACCUGCUUCAGGGCCAGUCCUCCCAGUGGGCUCUCCUCAAACGGCAUCACGCCGAAGUGGACAGCCCAAGAGCCCUUUGAGCUCUCCUGCACGGCAGCGGCUGCACGACAGGAUCUCCUCUUGAGUGGGGACGCUCACUUAAGGUUCUUCUCCUCGAGGCCGAGAGAUUCCUUGCCGCAACAGAUUCUCGGUAAGUGACUAAUAGCAUGCUAAACUUUGAAAUCUUAGCUAAGGGAUCUAAGGAUUGAUUGCGCAUAUAGAAUCCUUUAGAGAUAAACCGUUGACCAAGUCUGGGACUAGGAUUGGAUCCAGCCGCAGCCAGACUCCUCUCUGAGAAGGAGUUUAGAAAGCCAGGGGGUCCUUUCUGAACCUCGGGACUCAACGGGAGGGUCUCCCUGAGAGCUUGUCUGACCCCGGCCUCUAUGCAGUAAAUAAUCAAGUGUGCCCUGGCAUCGAAUCUCGUAAAACACUGUCGCAUUCACUGCUAACUUUGUUAAAUCACUGUUUUACGUUAAUAAACA